UUUUGACGUCACCGCGACGAAAGGGAGGAAGACACGACCUAUGUGUGUCAGUGCUGGCAGGACAAUCACGUGAUGGUGAUCAACGGGAGGAGAACAGCGCCUGUCGUGUGUUAGGGCUGGCAGGACGAUCACGUGGUCGUGAGGGAAUCCUUGUCCAUCUGACAGAUGCAGCCAGUGAAAGUUUCCACGGGAACUGUUGGCCGCUGGCUUUUCGUCCACGUUUCUCGAGGAAGCAUGUGACAGCGUAGACUGUUCUAGCAAUGCAGUCUUCGUUCUGCUUCGACGAACGCUACGAGCAGGAGGAGUUUGUCUACAGCCCAAUAGGAGCACCCCGAAUGCCCAUACCCCCGAGAGAAACGGAAGAGCAGAAGCGAGUACGGGUUAUGAACGAAAUUGAGGCUGGGUGGGCUCGACGGGAGGCGAUAAUCAAUGAUGUUCACGACAAUUACAGCAAGCCCUUGCGAAUUCUUGGAAGAAUGAACUUCUAUAAACGUUAUCCAGCUGCGAAGGAAGCUCAAAGACAACAAGAAAGGGAUCUGAUAGAAUGGCACAGAAAGCUCCCUCGUCACUGUGUCCAGGCGAAUUCUUAUGGCGAAAUUGUCGGCAUCUCGCGCUUUCUACAACAAGAAAUUCCGACUGCCUUUUACCGCACCACCGCCAAAAGCCUCUUCGCCCCUCAUGCCUACUACGAAGACCCAAGUCAACAUCGAGACCAGAGGUCCGUCUCAUUUAGAAGCUCCUCGCACCACAUGGAACAUCACAGGGAAGUGAACAGAAUAGCGGACCAUCCUGACCAGCUGCCCGCUUUCUACAAGAAAUUUGUACGAAAACUGAACAGGAUAAAAAGGGAGAUCAAAAGGAAAGAACAGCAAGUGGCAGGCGAUCUUCUCACCAAACAGGAGUUUGUCACGCCCUUCCCUAUCUACGUUGUAUUCGGCGUUACACCCAAGCCAUGCUUCAUCCACCCUGCCUUCGCCCCGUGCAAAAUUGGAAGUAACCCAAAGCUGCCAGCAGCAGAGAAAUAUAAACUGCCCGAAUCCCUCAAGCGCCGGGAACUUGAGAUCCAUUUCCCGAACUUACGCCAGUCUCGAAGGAGGAGCUCCUCAAUUGGCAGCCAAUGCAGCAAAGCUACCAGCCAACAUCGAUCAUCAAAGGUAGAGGAGAAUAUAGAUGAGCCUGAUGAAGCGAAAGUGGAACUAUCUUAAUGACGAUGGCUGUUGAGCAGGAACAAAGGUUUUCACUCUUUUGCCUAAGACAACAUCUUCUCCUGUUCCUUCAAACAUUGCAAAGUCUGCUUCUGCAUUCAUGAUGUUUCAUCUGAAUAAAGCAUGAAUAUUAA